AUGUCUAAGCUCUUCGUUCACGGCCUUUCUUGGCACACUAGCGAUGACACCUUGCGCGAGGGUUUCCAGCAAUUUGGCGAGAUCCAAGAAGCCAUUGUCGUGAAGGACCGUGCGACUCAGCGCAGCCGCGGCUUCGGCUUUGUCCGCUUUGCUACUGACGCCGAGGCGGAGGCUGCUUUGGGCGCCAUGAACAACCAAGAAUUUGACGGACGGGUCAUUCGCGUUGACAAAGCAUUUGACCGCCCCCCGCGCUCCGAGGGUGGCUUCCAGGGCCGCGGUGGAUACAAUUCCCAGCCGCAAUCUAGUUACCAGGGUGGUGCAGGUGGCUACGCUGGCUACAAUAAUGGCGGGUACAAUAAUGGUGCCGCUGGUGGAUACGGCGGGGGCUACAACCGUGGUUACAACAACUAUGCUCCGAGCGGGCCCGCUGGCUACGGCGCAGGUGGUCCCGGCGGUUAUGGCGGUGGCCCCAAUACUGGAUAUGGCGGUGGCGGAGGCUGGCGCGGGAACAACCACGAGCAGGCUCCUCAAGACGGUCAUCAUUAG